AUCCCACAAUCCCAUUUCCAUUGGCAUUGUUCCAGAAACGUGAAUCAAAGUCACCUUAGCAUCGCCAUGGCGAAAUACGCAUCUUCCAUAUUACAAACCCUGAAGCGCUUCAUGAAAAAGCCAUGGGAGAUAACAGGACCCUGCGCCCAUCCAGAGUACCGAUCAGCAUUACCAGGAGCACUUGAAUACCGUGUUUACAGCCCCGCCACCCCAAAGGAAAAACCUAUUAUCCCUUCUUCCCUUCCCGAAACCGUAUACGACAUUAAGUAUUACACACGUGACCAACGCCGUAACCGACCUGCCGUUGCCCGCACAAUCUACAAGAAGGCCGAUAUCGAGAAACUCAAGAAGGAAGCUACCUUUAACGUCUCCGAUUUUCCACCGAUUUAUCCCAACAUUAUCGUUGAGGAGGAUCAGGAUGCUCGGGGCGGUGGAUAUCAAUCAUAGGUUUAUGCUAUGGGAUGACAUUAUUGACCCAGUCAACUUCCUGUUUCUGCCAACUUUCUGUAUUGACUGUAUUUUGAACGGGUGUAAGCAUAUUAUUAUCAAUAAUAAAGGGUUGCUAGCUGCAGUAAGUUCAACUAUCUGUGUACUUAUUUGUGAACAUUGGAUCAGAAAGUAAAUUGUCUUAUUGACUUUUGUUGUUGACAAAAUUGCCUCAUUGACUUGAUAAGGGGUAAAUUGAAUAAUCACCCUGAAAUUCUCUGUUAGUUUGGAUUAUGAGUGAAGCUUUUUGGUAUGAUUUCAAAGCAGUAUCUACAUUUUGGAAUCGA